AUGACGCACUCUCGCCCGUAGACAAAAACAACACAGGAGUUGCCUGCAGACGAAACGCAAUAGGAAAAUCGUAAUUAAAUAGACAUUUGUGCUGGUUGCGCGUGUGGAAACAAAGGAAUCACGAUGAGCUUUUUCGGGAAAAUGUUUGGUGGCAAAAAGGAAGUGGCUCCGUCAACGGGCGAGGCGAUACAGAAGCUGCGUGAGACUGAAAAUAUGUUGAUUAAGAAACAAGAGUUUCUGGAGUCCAAAAUUGAGGAGGAGUUGAAUACAGCACGAAAAAAUGCAUCGAAAAACAAAAGAGUGGCUUUGCAGGCUCUCAAAAAAAAGAAGCGACUGGAGAAACAGCUUCAACAAAUCGAUGGCACGCUGUCCACUAUCGAAAUGCAACGUGAGGCUCUGGAGAGCGCUAACACGAACACAUCUGUCUUGAACGUAAUGAAGAAUGCUGCCGAUGCUCUUAAAGCAGCGCAUCAGAACAUGGAUGUGGACAAGGUACAUGAUAUGAUGGACGAUAUUGCCGAACAACAAGAUGUCGCACGUGAAAUUUCUGAUGCCAUCUCUAAUCCAGUGGCAUUUGGGGCCGAUUUGGAUGACGAGGAUCUCGAGCGGGAACUCGAUGAGCUCGAGCAGGAGAACUUUGAUAAGGAAAUUAUUGGAAUACCAGAGCCAACGCCAACAUUGCCAGAAGCGCCUUCAGAAGACUUGCCCGAAAAAGCCAAGGAGAAGAAAAAAGCUCCCGUUGCAAAUCCAGGUGUGACAGUUGCUGAUGAUGAUGAUCCAGACAUGAAGCAACUACUAUCUUGGGCAAAUUAAACACUAACGAAAUCUCCUCUUUGGUUUUGCAAAAAUAAUAAACCAGUUUUUUGUUGUUUUAACUGCAAAUUCGAUAUACUUAUUAAUUAAGAAAAUUUUUAGUUGAAAAGGUAAAAGCUUAAAUCAGAUUUCAAACUUAUACACGCAUACACAAACUUACACCUAUAAUAAUAACAUAUAGAAAUGUGAUUUUAUAAUAAUAAAAAAUGUCGGGUCUCCCAACACACACUUGGC